AUGACUCAAUCGAACAAGCAAAACACGCCGAAGAAUACGCUUGUGCUGUUCGAUCAUCUAAUCAAUCAACAUCCAGACAUCACUCCGAACUUCAUAACUUACCUUCUUGCCUUAACUGCCUGCAUACGGUUGGGAAAUUUAACUGAAGGAAAACGUAUACACGAAUACAUUCGACAAAAACGAACAACAUUUAUCGAACGAAACGAAGAUGUCAAAGUGCACACGUGCCUCCUACAAUUGUACGCGACAUGUGGUGAUCUGAGAACUGCGGAAGAAAUCUUCUACAGAGAACAUCUUAAUCACCAUGUGAUUGCUGUAAAUAUUCUCAUUAAAGGUUACAUCAUUAACAAACAAGCGACAGUGGCUGUACAAUUUGCUGAGAAUUUACAAAAGAAUGAACGAAACAUUGUAACAUUUCUGCUAUGGGCAAAUGCGAUCGCACAACUCGGAAAUAUAGAAUUGGCUGAUAAAAUUCAUUUGGAAUUGAAAAGUCUAUCGACAUCAACGCAAGAUUUCUUUGCUAAUGAUCGAAAGUUGACUAAUGCAUUAAUUGAUAUGGAUGGAAAAUGUGGAAAUAUCCUUCGCAUGGAGGAAACGUUUCAAGAUUUGAAAGAACCAGAUAUUAUCUCAUUUACUACUCUUGCGAAAGCGUAUAUUGUUAAUAACUUACCCACGAAAGCGUUAGCUAUCUAUGACUAUUUGAAACAAACCAAUCAAAUUGGCACUGACCAAGUCAUUUAUUUAGUUGCUGUGAAUGCAGCUGGAAAAUUGGGUUUAGCAUCUCGUGCUCGUUCCAUUCAUGAGGAUUUAAGAGCCAGUGGAAUCUCCUAUGAAACAAAUGAGAAAAUCCUCAACGCACUAAUGGAUACAUACGGAAAGUGUGGAGAUUUGAAUGCAGCGAGAGAUAUUUUCAAUCGAUUGCCAAUGAGAAGUAAACCAAGUAUAUCGUCGAUGAUUAAUAUCUACGGAAUCAAUUCUCAAGCCUUAGAAGCUAUGACACUGUAUUAUCAAAGCAAAGAUCAAUUAACAGGGAAUACACACUCGAUAUUGAUUAGUGUAUUGACUGCUUGUGCGCACGGUGGUUUAGUGGAAGAGGCUCAGAAGAUUUUUGACGAAAUUCCUCAAGAAAAACGAUCAGUAAAGAUAUGGAAUGCACUGGUUGACGUCUAUGGUCGUGCUGGUCAGUUGUCUGAAGCACACUCGUUAAUUUGUCAAUUCGAAGAACUUCAUCCACAUGCGCCUGUUCUCUACAUAUCUCUUUUAGCUGCUUGUCGCAAACAUAAAAAUGCCGCGUUAGCACUAGAAAUUCACAAUAAAUUGAUCGAUUCAAAUACGCCAUUAACUGACGAUCAGCGUUCAGCUAUCGUUGUAUUAACUGCAAAUGUUCAUGCAUCAAUCGGCGAUCAUCAUCAAUCAUUGGCUCUUCGACAAAAUUUGUAUAGAAACAAAAUACCGAAGUAUGCCGGUAUAACGUGGACAGAAAUCAACGGCAUUAUGUAUGAGUUCUAUGCUCAGGAUACUCGUCAUCCUCGUUCAAAGGAAAUCUACGAGCAAUUAGAGAUUUUACACGAACAGCUAACUCAAUUGGGCUACCAACCGAACGAAAGUGUAUUAACCAAAGAAGAUCACGACAAUCAAUGGAGCAUUUAUGGACAUUCUGAGCGGUUGGCUAUUGCUUUAAGCUUGAUUUCCACACCAUCGGGUACAACAAUACAGUUGACAAAAAACCUACGAAUGUGCGUUGAUUGUCAUCACGUGACAAAGUUGAUUGCAUGUUUGACGCAACGAGACAUCAUUGUUCGUGAUCGACUAAGAAUUCAUUGUUUUACAAAAGAUGGUCGAUGUUCGUGUGACGAGCAUUUCUGA